AUGCUUUUCUGGUUUCUGGUCUACAAAGAAUAUCAGCGUUCUUUCCAGAUGUUGACUUGGUUGAGUUCACUGGCAUUCGUCACUUUGGCCGCUGCGCAAUGGAAAGCUAAAAUCCCUUGUGGAUUGCCGCCGUUCGUGACCAAAUUACCUACAAAACAAGCAGAUCAGCUAAGGGAGGUUUGGGCCAAUUAUCAGAAUGGAACUGCAUGUGUGGACGAGCAAAAACGAACUUUUGAAAUUGUCGCCUCGCUUACCGAAGCGGAACGGGCCGCGGUUUUCGAAUCGAACGUGGAACCAGGCGCUGGUCCAGUGGAAGGUCUGAGUUUUGGUUUCUUAUUCAAAUUGACGAUCAUUUUGAUACCACACCUCGAUUCAUUAGAAUGCUCACGGCAGCUGUUCAAAGAAGGAUUUGAUGCUAUUUGGAUGAACAGCACCAUUCCCAAUGACGAAAAGUAUAAGCUUCUCCGGGAAUAUGCUGAGAAGAACUUCAACGCCGAGCAAAAGGAAGGCUUUGAAGAGUGGCUACCGCGGUGA